AUGUCUACGGUGUCGGCAGGCGGUCGUCGUGCUCCACCGAAGGAUUUUCGCGGGCCUCCUAGAGGUGAUGUGAGAGUGAUGAAACCUCGUGGUCGAGGCUAUUCUCACUCUGACGUGGGCGAACCAUUCAUUCCACGAUUUUCAGCUGUAGCCAGUGAGGGAGUGAAAAUGGCACUACCUCCUGAGGAAUACGGUGAGAAUACGACUGUAUUAACCGGUGUAACCAGUGAGCAUUCUUAUAGUGGAGAUGACCGACCUAUGUACGACCCUCCUUUAGGUCGUGUUGUCAGUCGUAGAUGUUCGAGAGUGUUAUGGCUCGGCGCUGCUGGCUUGAUAUCAAUCAUAUCGCUCAUCUCGGCUCCGUUAAUGUGCUCAUUACCUUUCGCCAUUAUUUAUCUGGGAUACCGUUCACCUGAAAUUCACUGUGAGGUGGACUGCCAAGGAUACCUACUGCUACUAGGAAUUAAGACCGUUUUACUCAUUGUUGCAAUAUGGGCAAUAUAUUGGCGGCGGGCCGCGGCCGACCUUCCUCGAUUGUAUUUUGCUCGUGCGGCUUUAAGCUUUUUUGUAUUAUUCAUACUAUUCGCAUUUUGGUUGUUCUAUACAGUGCGAAUAUUCCUAGAACAGCAUAGUAACUAUACAUAUGUGGUGACAUAUGCACUUUCACUCAUAGAUGCCCUGUUGUAUACGCACUAUAUCUCUGUAAUUGUGCUCGAGCUUCGGCGGCUUCGUCAAGAAUACGUCGUCACCAUCGUUCGAGAUCCAGACGGCGAAUCUAAGACAAUGUCUAUUGGUAUGAUGUCGUUACAAGAGGCUGCCAUUCAAGCUCUACGCUUUCAUGAAACAUAUUUUCCUUCGUACAACGUUUUCCUUGACAAGGUAGCGUAUGGUUUUUUAGCCCCCAAUGUUGCGCGUCAGUCGAGUCAUCGGCUACGAUUCAAGAUGUACGACAUAGAAGGUCUUGGAGGAGGGACAACCGAAAUCAGUCAGAGUAACUUGCGUGCUCUUAUGGAGGCCACAUCUAGACGUCGCACUACGAAUUAUAACGAUAUCUUGCAGGAAGAAUGCGAGUGGGAAAGGCGAAUAAAAAAGAGAAAGUAUCGACUUAUCGCAUCAGCUGAAGAAGCAUUCGCUCAAGUGCAAAAUAUCGUGGACAGCCAUACAGGGCAGAAGAAUCUUUGCGACGUCAUGGAUUCCGCAACUGCUGCUCAAGGAGUUUUUGCGUGUAUCAUGCGUCCGUUGAACAAAUACCUUAGGCAAACACGACAACAACCUCGACAUCCGGCAGAGGCAGUUACUCAUCAUAUUGAGAGGUGUCUCAGCAUGCGUAUGAACUACAGAACAUUCUUGCAACGAUUCUUCAGUAACAGAUUUCCCGCAAAGGAUAUCGUCGCGGAAUCAAAAUGGUCUAUAAUUUCUGAUGAGCAAGCCUCAGUUUCAAUUCAACAUGGAACCACGUUCAUACUUCGAUCUCACAAUAAGGACGACGAUGCAGGAGUACAACUGUUAUGUACAGUCAGUUCGCUGCCGUUUUUCAACCUAACAGAACAGUCUCGGUCGUCAAAUAACAAAUUUGCCCUGAAAAUUAGGAGCGAAUCGUCCGUGUAA